UAUUUGGAAAAGGCAAAAAAAAGUAAAAGGAUUGAUGACGAAUGUACACUCAUUUUACAGGGAAGAAAGCAUCCUCUGUAAUUAAAGAAACUGACCAUGAAAAUCUGGCUUCUAAGUUAAGAGAAAAAUGGGUAAUUAAUCCAAAAGAGCAAAGACUGAGUAUUUUAUGUGAGCUGGAGUUUAAAGAAGACUUCAUAACCCUGUUUGAGCCAUCUCUGAGAACAUUGCCUAGCAUCGGGCCACCGUCCAUUCUGACAUUCAAACAAGAGAGUUCCAAUUUAGGCAUUAACUUCAAGGAAGAAGAGGAGGAAAUAUCACCCCAGUGUGAAUUUUGUGGGUGCGAUCUAAGAACAUUUCUUUCCGGUAUGGAUAUUUUCUCUGAUGAUGAUAACUCAGAAUCAAUAGAAGAAGCCUCCUGUUGCAGGUAUUUUCAAAAUCUGAUUGACUACAUCUAUGAGGAAAAAAAAAAAACCCAGGGCCCCAAAGCGGAAUUAAUCUGUAUUAACCCUCACGCAGCCCACGGCAGUGAAGUUGAUAGACUCAAAGCAAAGGAAAAAGCCCUGCGGAGAAAACAGGAGCGACAAAUGGCCAGACAAUUUACAAUAAUGACAAAUGGACAGCCUAAUUUUUCUGAAGAAGAUUCAAAGCACUUAAAAACAAUUUCUUAUCAACUUUCCAUGGAUAUUCCAGAAAAAGAGCUAAUUGCUGACAGACUACUUGAUUUCCAACUAGAAAAUAGAAACAUUUCCAUUGUUUGCUGUGAUGCUAGAAUAGCAUGUGGAAAGGUGAUUCUCUUGUAAUUUUUUUACCCGUGACUCUUUAAAAUCAGUUCUUCCUAAAAUUGUAAAAGCUGUCAUAAUGAAUAUAACAGGUUGGCUACAUAACACAUUUAACUCUUUGUCAGGAAGAAAUGGUUCACACUUGGCUCUUUAACUUCUACUAGACUUUAUGUUUUUUUAGUCUCCACUGGAUAAAUUCUAGUUCACAACUCUCUAAACCAUGUCUGUCAGAAUUAAAAAGUCAUUUUUGAGGGUCAUAACC